AUGACUAAUUAUUUAUUGUAACAGAUUAAGGGUAAACAAAAUAAAGAUUAACUUAUUAAUGUCCCUAAAUCCGAGAGACACCCUAUGUUUAAAAUAAUUGAUUAGGAAUUUGCAUUGCCCUCUAUGCAAAAUGAAUAAAAAUAUAAUGAGUUUAUGGGCCAUAUUAGGUAACUUUUGGAUAGGAACAAGGUUAAAUCUCAUAACAAUGUAAACCCAUUAAGAAUUCCUAAUAAUUUUAUUUUGAACAAGGGCACCAAGCAAGGUUCUAGGAGAAAAUUGUUUGAAACGAAAGUAAAUGAUGAGUAAUAAUAAUAAAAACAAGUGCAAAAUUAAUAGAUUUUGAGUGAUCCCACGGAUUCAUAGACUUAAAGAGUAUUGUAGUAUUAAUAACGGAUUGGGUUGGUAAGGAAACAUGAUAAGACCGAGAUAUAAUUAAGAUAGAUAGCUUAGAAGCAUAACAUAAAAUGGUGA